ACCAGUGCAGUGCCGAUGUUCGUGCGCUCCACACGCGCAUGCGCGUAUUACUGACAGCGCGCCACUACGACCCGUCAGAUCUGUCAAAACAAACGAAAAUGGAACGAAUUUAAAUUUUGUCUUUUUUUAACGCAUAAAACUUUAAAGAGGUUGCAGUGCUGUGCUUCAGUGACAUUAAUUUUUAUUUAGUGUUCGGAUAGUGCUAAAUAUUCAGUAAGGUCCAGUUAAUUUUGUUUAGUUAGUUUAGUGGUUACAAGGGCGUGAAUUUUGACUCGUUAGAUGUGUAAAUGAACGUGUUGAAAUUACUUUUCAUAGUUUUGCGUUCAUUUAAUAUACUGGAAAGGAACUUGUUUUAACAGCCUGCCGCUUUUAUGGUGUCGAAGUUGAAGCGAUCGGGCGUCAGCGCUCGUUAAUAAUGUUAACAAGCGCGCGGGGACGCCUCACAGAGCGUGCCACUCUCGCACUCAUCGGCUAGCCAUCAUGUUCACAAGAUUCGACCAAGGCAAAUCAACAAAAGGCGCGAGCAAGCUUCGGCGCGACCUCAUCAACGCAGAGAUCGCCAAUCUUCGGGACCUUCUCCCUCUACCACCAUCCACUAGGCAGAGGCUAUCACAACUACAGCUGAUGGCACUAGUUUGUGUGUACGUCAGGAAAUCUAAUUACUUCCAACAAGUUUUCAAACGCUUCGACAUCACGCAACAACCAAGUACUGGACAAAAUUUUGGCUUCUCAAAGGCUCUCAACGGUUUUCUCAUGAUGAUGACGCAGAACGGGAAACUUCUGUACAUAUCGGAUAAUGCUGCGGAGUAUCUUGGGCAUUCUAUGGAGGAUCUAUUAAUCCAUGGAGACAGUGUAUAUGAUGUGAUCAACAAACAGGACCAGCAAGCUGUGAGGACAGAAUUGUCAAGAGCGCCAUCUGAUGGUGAAGAUAGGGUAUUUCUUUGUCGGAUGAAUGUCGCCAGGAAUGCACGUCGGCAGAUGCGAUUCGGAGACCAAAAGGUAGUUCUAGUCCGCGGCCACUACGUGUCUUACCUACCGCUAUGCAGUCGCAACGAGCCCGUGUUCCUAGCGUCGUGCACGCCGCUAGCGAUGCCGGAGACGCGCGAGUGCGUAGUCCACGGCGCCACCAACGUCUUCACCACUGUGCACGCCAUGGACAUGAAGAUACUGCAUAUCGAUACCAAUAGUGAAUGGCACCUGGGAUGGGACCGCAGCGCGCUGCAUGGAGUUAGUUGGUACCACCUAUUACAUCCUGAUUGCUGUAAGGAGGCUCAGACAAAGCAUAGACUAAUAACACAAUCAGAGCAAGAAAGAUCGUGCAUAGCGUUGCUCCGGCUGCAGCGUAGGUGUGGUCAAUUCCUCUGGGUCCAUGCUGUGCUGCAGCUCAAAGAUAAUUUGGAGAAUUCUCAACGGCCAGUCAUUGUAUGCACGAAUCAAGUAUUAAGCGAACAGGAAGCAACAGUGAUGAAAGCAAAUCCUUGGCUAUACCAUUACUAUGCAGUACAGUCGAAGUUACAUUAUGGCUUGGCCUAUGAAGCAGCGACAAGGAUGUAUGGCCCUCCACCACCAGACAUACAAGUGUAUCCGUCAACUAUGCAAUAUGCCCCAACUCCACCAGUCUGCAUAAAUGGGAGUCAACCAGUUAUGAUGCCAAACUCAACUCUUCAACCCCAUUUGACACACGUACCACCACACUUAGCACCAAUUCAUUAUGCUCAUGAAAGAACAGAUAACGGACCUGUAGAUUACUCUGUCUCUCUCCAAGACAGCAGAUUCACGAAUAUACGAAUUGAAGAUACAAGGCUACAGCCGAACGUUAAAAAGAAAACCAAGUCGGAAGAGAAGCCAAAUACACCUGUUCCUAUUAUUUCUCCACGAUUUGUAAAUAGUUCUGGUGGGGAUACAUUAGUAGCAGUCGCUGGAGCGAUUACAAACCGUAGACCUGGUUCAAAAAACUUUACAUCCGAAACGGAGAUGGUAGAUCAAUGGAAUCCAAGUCCUACUUGGUCGGAAUCAGCAGUACAGAAAGUUCCCGAUGUCUGUCAUCAGGACUUAAGUCCUUAUGUCACUACGACACCUCCAACACCAUCUGGGACCCCGUCAGCGUAUACUCAUAAUUAUAGCCAUACUUUUGUCUUUGACUGGUCACCAGAACAAUAUGUUCCUCACACUAACAAUAGAUGUAGCACAUUAACUUCUGAAAGUUCCUAUCAGCAAACUUGGAGAAACGAAAGAUCAUUUGCAAAUACAGAAGGAGUAAUUGAAGAUAACUGUAGUCCUAAUAGAUUAAGCUUAACAAUGAGAGUUAGCAGGACUCCACCUGAAUUACCCACAGAAGGGGAGAUAUUGAGGAGACAAAUCGGUGAGUAUACGCAAAAUGACAAGAAAGAUUUGAUCCACAUGAUUGACUCUCUCGAUCGAUAGCAUCGAUUAUCGAACAUACAGAUGAGCCACAUGCAGAUUCGCCAGAGGCCAAAAAGCCGGCAUUAUAACACAGCUAUCUCUAGAUGUCUACAAUGCAGAUGCAUUACUAUAAAUUUUGUCGCUGACCAAUACAUUUUUUACUGGUCUAAGUAUUUUGUACACAUUUUUCAUAUAUUGAUUGUUACCUUUACUUCUAUUUUGUAUAAAAAAAUAUUAUAUAUAUAUAGGUAAUCUCUGGAACUCUCCUGUGAUCUUCGCGUAAUUAAGGUGUACAAAAUCUAGUUAGUAAAUAAAUUUAGUAAAAGUUGUAAAUUAUUUUUACUGAAACUGUACAAAACAUGCUACCAUCCAUUUAAAGUCACAACACAUUAAAUGUGAUGAUUUGAACUUGGUAUAAUAUUGUAUAUAGAUUUAUCAUUGUGCAAUUGUUGAUUUUUUAGUGACCUAGUAAAUAAAUAAUGUUUUUCUGUACUUAGUAUUAUUAGAUUAUAUCCGUCCAAGGAAAAAUUAUACUAAGGUUUUAAUUACAUACUUUACAUUAAAUACAUACUUUAUGUACUUGAUAUUUUUAAAGCUCUUCAGUGUGUUUUUGAUUUUUCGAGUUAUACUACCUAAAGAAAUUUUUUCUCUCAU